ACGGCUUGAACGUCAUCCAGGCGGGGUCGCGUCACGCCCAGGCGAGGAGGAGGGCGGUGCUGCGGCUACGGCCAUGAGCACGGAGGACUUGAUCGAGACGUUCAGGGCUCAGCUGAGGGACGACCCCGAUGUCGCCUCGGCCGUGGCCGCCAUCCGUGCGCUGCUGGGUUUCCUCAAGAAGGACCGAGGGGAGACCAUCCAGGGCCUGCGGAGCAGCUUGCUGGCCGCCAUCGACACCCUGUCUCGGGUGGACUCCUCGGUGGCCGUCUCCUCCGGCGGGGAGCUCUUCUUGCGCUUCAUCAGCCUCACCUCCCUGGAGUACUCGGACUACUCCAAGUGCAAAGAAAUCAUGAUCGAGCGCGGGGAGAUCUUCCUGAGGAAAGUCUCUCUCUCUCGGAACAAAAUCGCCAAGCUGUGUCAUCCUUUCAUCAGAGAUGGUGCUCGAAUAUUGACACAUGCCUACUCAAGAGUGGUCCUCAGAGUGUUAGAAGCAGCUGUUGAGUCAAAGAAGCGAUUCAGUGUUUAUGUUACUGAAUCACAGCCAGAUCAAGCAGGGCAAAAGAUGGCAAAAGCCCUGAGGAAGCUCAACAUUCCUGUGACUGUGAUUCUGGAUGCUGCAGUUGGCUACAUUAUGGAAAAAGUGGACCUGGUGUUAGUUGGUGCUGAAGGUGUGGUUGAAAGCGGAGGCAUUAUUAACAAGAUUGGCACUAACCAAAUCGCUGUGUGUGCCAAAGCUCAGAAUAAGCCAUUUUAUGUGGUAGCAGAAAGUUUCAAGUUUGUAAGACUUUUCCCUCUAAAUCAGCAGGACGUCCCAGAUAAGUUUAAGUACAAAGCAGACACUCUGAAAACAAGUCAGAAUCUAACAGAGGAGCAUCCCUGGAUUGAUUACACAUCACCAUCGCUAAUUACAUUACUGUUUACAGACCUCGGUGUAUUAACUCCAUCAGCUGUCAGUGAUGAACUUAUUAAACUCUAUCUGUAACAGAGGACUCAGUGUACAGGAUGUAUCAUCUUCUUCAGUGACUACCACAGUUCUAAGAAUUGGAAGAUGAGACAAGCUAUAUGGAUGUGAGAAUUAUAUUAAUCCUUAUAAUGUCAUCUCCUUAUCAGCCUUCUUGAGUUUUUAAAGCAAAACAUUACAGGUGGAUGGACAACUGUUAAAAAAAAAAAAAAAAUCCAAAAGUUACUACAGCUUCUAAAGACCUAAAAUAAAUUAUUUUAAAGAUGGAUGGAGUAUUUUGAUAUAGUAAAAUAAAAUACUUUAUGGUAUAUUCAAACUCAGUCUUAGCUAUGCUGUUAGUUACUGAUCUGUGGUACGUACCUGAAAUAAAAACUUAAAAACGCACAA